AUGAAACUAGAUAGAAUCCAAGAUUUCCAAGAAUCCAAGAUUUGGUCAGUUCGUGGGCAAUUACCGACGUUCGUUACCGUGUCCUUGCCGAGUGAUCUACUUCAAAAUCGAUCACAAUGCGAUCGAAAACGUGUGCAAUCAUUAGUCUGGAUCAAGUUCAACUUGACCGCCAUCGUUGCCGAUUCGUCGUCGGUCCUCUAUGACUCGUCGUCGUCCACUAUGUGCGUCAUAGCUGGUUUGAAUCAUAUGAGAAACGAAGAACAACAUAUGUGCGAUGAGUAG